GUUUGUUCUUUUUAAAAGGAUUAAAGAAUCCAAUAUGGCAAUAUCUUUGUGUAGAAUCCUUGCUAUUUGGACUAAUUCAGCAUUGGCUGUUAUCAUUUCAGGCUUCCCAGAGCUAAAAAUCAAACUUAAUGGGAACUCAGAUGUGAUUGAGAAGCUGCUGGAAUACAUUUAUAUGAACUGGGAACAACCUCUGGAUGGUGUUAGCGCUAAAUUGAUGUUCAUGAAUCUUCUUCAGAUACCCUGAACCACCAUUACUGGUUCUGAUGAAAAAUCAGAUCCAUUGUUUGCAAGGCUGAUAAAACAUUUACUAAGUUUGGAAUGACAUGUCAAAGGAAAAUACACUUCUCCUGGCUGUCUUGUGGAGAGUGUGGGCACUGAAAAUAUACUACAGUUGGACGGAACAAUUCCAGUGCAAAUCCUAGACGUGAUGAAUGAUCAGUCUCUUGCUCUCACUGUCCUAGAUAGUGAUUCUUAGGAUCACUGUCCAGGUGGUCUUUUGGAAGCCAUGUUUAUAAAUCACAAAGCCCAUUUUACUUUGCGUUUUCAAGAAAGCACUUGCACUGACCAGUGGCAUGACAUCUGGAUUUCUCUUCUAGUAAUAUUGUGUGAAGGGAACCAUCACCAAAGCACUUACAUGAUAGAUUACUAUUUACCAGAAUUGCUCAAACCUAGCCCUGACGGUCUCAGCUACACGAUUAGAAUUCUUCAGGUUUCUGCAGAUGCUAAUCUAGGCUCUUGCAGUACUAGAGAAGCUGUUGGAGCAUUAAUGGCAUGCAUAAGGACAGCCAGGGCUCACAUACACCUGGAACUUUCAAAUAUCAUGAGGAAUGGUUUCAUAUCCACUGAAUGUAUAGAACAGGUAGUUGUAGUUAAUCAGCACAAUCAGUUAUAUAGUAUAGAAUGA